GUAGACGUGCUACUUGUGCUGGAGGAAGAUGUGCUUGUCGAGGAUGUUGAGGACGAGCUGGUGCUUGUGGAGCUGGUGCUUGUACUUGAAGUGCUAGUGGAGCUGCUGGAUGUGGAUGUGCUGCUCGUGCUGCUGCUGGAUGUGCUUGUCGAGGAUGUUGUGCUGGAUGAUGUUGAUGUUGAAGAUGUGCUUGUUGAGGAUGUUGAGGACGAGCUGGUGCUUGUCGAGCUGGUGCUUGUGCUUGAGGUGCUUGUGGAGGUGGUGGAUGUGGACGUGCUGCUGGUGCUGCUGCUGGAUGUGGAUGUGCUGCUCGUAGUGCUGCUGGACGUGCUAGUUGAUGUUGUCGAGCUGGACGAUGUCGAUGUUGACGAAGUGCUUGUGGAAGUGGUUGAUGACGAGCUUGUGCUUGUACUUGUUGUACUUGUAGAAGAGGUGCUGCUGGUGCUAGUGGUGGUGGAGCUGGUUGUGGAUGAAGAAGUGGUGGUGGAUGUAGAGGUAGAGGAUGAGGUUGUUGUAGAUGUAGUGGUAGAUGAUGUUGUGCUGGACGUGCUGCUGCUUGAUGAGGUGCUCGUACUUGUGCUAGACGUUGAUGUGCUGCUGCUUGUUGAUGAUGAAGUGCUUGAUGAAGUUGUUGAUGACGAGCUAGUGCUUGUGCUGGAUGUGCUACUGGACGUUGUAGAGGUAGAGGAGCUGGUGCUCGUGGUGGUUGAGCUGGUUGUGGAUGAAGAAGUUGUAGUGGAUGUAGAGGUAGAGGAUGAGGUGGUGCUAGAUGUACUGGUAGAUGAUGUUGUGCUGGACGUGCUGCUGCUUGAUGAGGUGCUCGUACUUGUGCUAGACGUUGAUGUGCUGCUGCUUGUUGAUGAUGAAGUGCUUGAUGAAGUUGUUGAUGACGAGCUCGUGCUGGUGCUGGACGUGCUUGUUGAAGAGGUGCUGCUUGUUGUAGUGGAUGAAGUUGUGCUGCUUGUGCUUGUGCUUGACGUGCUGGUCGAUGAAGUGGAGGUAGAUGAUGUUGAGGUUGAUGUGGAGCUGGUUGAUGAGCUGGUGCUAGUGGUGGUCGAGCUGGUUGAGGAUGAAGAAGUGGUGCUGGAUGUAGAGGUAGAGGAUGAGGUUGUGGUAGAUGUAGUGGUAGAUGAUGUUGUGCUGGA